CCCGUCCGCGGCGUCCUGUACCGCUCAACAUUUCUUGUAAAAAUCUUGAGAUAGGACAACAACCACACUGUAUAGAGAGAGAUUACAUCCACCAAUUGUGACGGGUUUGGCCCCACCACCCCACCAUGCCUCUCGUUACAAGGAACAUAGAGCCACGACAUGUGUGUCGCCAAACCAUCCCUACCAACAUCCGCAGUGAGCUAGAAUGUGUCACCAAUAUCAGCCUGGCCAACAUCAUCCGACAGCUCGGCAGCCUCAGCAAGUAUGCAGAGGAUGUGUUCGGGGAGCUGUUUGUACAGGCUGGAGCAUUCGCCAUCAGAGUAAAUACACUGGGGGAAAGAGUGGAUCGCCUUCAGGUCAAGGUCACUCAACUGGAUCCUAAGGAAGAGGAGGUCUCUCUGCAGGCCAUCACUACCCGUAAGGCCUUCCGGAGCAGCCUGACUCAGGACCAGCAGCUGUUCAUCAGGCCAUCUCUGCCAUUACCUGUACAGGACACCUAUAUGACCUGUGACCCACCCCCACCACUCAAUCAUCUCAGUCAAUACCGGGAGGAUGGGAAGGAGGCCCUGAAGUUUUACACAGAUCCUUCCUACUUCUUUGACCUAUGGAAGGAGAAGAUGCUGCAGGACACCAAGGACAUCAUGAAGGAGAAACGCAAGCACAGAAAGGAGAAGAAAGACAAUCUGAACCUGCGAACGCUCAAUCCCCGGAAGAUCAAAACCAGGAAGGAGGAAUGGGAGCGCCGCAAGAUGGGAGAGGAGUUUGUGGUGCCAAAGAAUGAUUUGAUGAAUUCCUCUGAGGGUCUGAAUGGCAGUAUUGGAUCUGGAGAAGGCUUCACUUCUGAAGGCCUGGAGAUGAGUACAGGCUCCUACGCUUAUGAGGCCGGCUCCCCUCUCCCUCCGCCUGGCCCUGAUGACUUCCUGCCUCCUCCACCUCCAGACAUGGCGUAUAACGACGGACAGUACGGUGCGCCCACCCAGAAACGUGCCAGCGUAUUGAGUCCAAACCACCCUCCUCCUGCUCCCCCAAUGGCCUCCCCUCUGGCCAACUCUCGUCCUAACCUCGCCCCUCCACCUGCACCUCCUCCCCCUCCUCCACCCUCUGGCUUUGGGGUUCCCCCACCUCCCCCCGGUUUUGACACCCCACCUUCUCCUCCCCUUUCCUCCUCUCCCACCGCUUAUCCAUCCCCACCUGCUCCCCCUCCUCCACCUUCUAUGUCUGCUGCAUCUCCUCCACCCCCACCACCCAUGCCUGCAAGUGGUGGACCACCACCACCUCCUCCUCCUCCACCACCUCCCCCUGGCCCUCCUCCCCCAUCUCUUCCCAACCUCUCUGCUCCCUCUGGUGGUGGAGUGGCACCCAGUUCUGCUCCUAAACCACAGCCAGAACCCGAAGGUGACGCUCGGAGUGACCUACUGCAAGCCAUCCGAAAAGGCUUCAACCUGCGAAAGACGGAGGCACAGCGGGAGCAGGAGAAGAGGGAUCACUUUGGCAACGACGUGGCUGCCAUCCUGUCGCGUCGUAUCGCUGUGGAAUGCAGCGACAGCGAGGAUGACUCUUCAGAGUUUGAUGAUGACGAAUGGUCUGAAUGAUAGUCACCCUAUUUUCACCUUCACUACGACCUUCGUUUCUUUCCUCAGCUUUAAAUAUUGUCAGAGUUUUACCAUUGAUAUGACAUUCUUGAGCACCAGUCAAUCAGAGAUCAAUGUUUCUGUAUGUCUGUGUUUGAGUUUGAGACCUAUUAUUAUAAAUUACAUUCCUUGACCCAUCUAUUCCUAUUUAUCAAAAAUUAUUCAGAUCAGAGAUGCAAAAGUACAAAGAUGAAUGUGUGUGUGUGUGUGUGUGUGUCUUGCUUCAUUGGAUGACACAUUGAUGUGAGUGUUGUGUUGUGUGGCACAUCUCGCUGUGAAGUCUGUGCGUAAACACAUCACAUUGUCAUUAAUAUCUCCGUCUUUAUCAUGGUGUCUAUCAGAAUCAGGUACCCUCUGCUGCUGACCAAGCACCUGAUUUUAUCUGCUUGAGUAUAUUAUGGCAGAGGGUAAUGUAGAGGGAGUACACACACACACACACACACACAUGCAACCUCUUCCAUGCACAGUAUUUGUGUGGAAAGGCACACUGUGGUGUGUUGAUGUCAAAACACCCUCAUUCAUUCAUAGAUUAUAGAUUAUAUAGCUCUAAAGUUUAUGUUUUAUGUUACAUAUUGAAUGAUAUAAAGAUAAUUAAUGCAAUAUCUUUAAAUCUUAAAGCACAGUUUUUUUUAUCACUUUUCCUCCCCCCACUUUUUAUAUCCAGUCAUUUUUUGUGUUGUAGUCAUGGGAACAAUUGACUUGUGGAUGAAAGAUGGUUGUAGCUAAUAAACAAAUUCAUAAAUGUAUUAUUCAGUGUAAUAGGGGAAGUAUUGGUCAUGUCACACCUGGGGUGUUGAUGAGAUCACCAUACUGAACAUAUGCAGACAUUUAACACAUAUGAUUCAUUUUGUACUGUGUUUAGACUCUGUGAUGUAUUUCUCUCUGUAAUUUUGAGUUUUCCUGGGGAUGAAUGAGGCUCUGAUGCUUUAAUCACGGUGCUCUGAAUAAUAUCAGGCAGCCCUUUGCCUUAUCCUGCUGCCUGAAAGGGGAUUUUGUACUGCAUUUUAGUCUCAGUUCAGAUUGGCUCCAUUAUCCACACUGAUCACUGAUGAGCUUCUUCCAAAAAUACUAACAGCUUUGAUUUAUGAGUCAAAUGUGGAACUGACCGAAUGUUUAGUGUGGACCACGUAUUUCUCAAGUGCCUUUUGUUUUAAGUCUGCCUGUGUUAAAGCACACUCACACAGCAUGCUUAGCCAAAGUUCAGCUUCUCCUGCCUUACAUUUCCAAAUGAUUAUAGUUAUUUCAAUAAAGAUAGAGUGA